AUGUUCUUCUUCUAUGGAUUCUUCAUGGUGAAUAACUUUGCCACGACAAUCUCAUUCGUAGUGACAUUAUACAACUAUCCUCAUAUUGAUGACCUGGAUGACGAGGGAAAGAAGAACCUAAAGAUAUGCCAAAUCAUCUCGACUGUUGGUCUGGGACUGGACGUGCUCACCCAAGUCUGGAACACAGUUCGCAAGGAAUUCUGGGUAUGCUCCAUCGUUAUUGUUCCACCAGUCUCUUUGAUGCCCGGUGAUAAAUGGGUUGAGCUCAACCAACAAAAGGGAACAUGGCCAGUGUUCAAGCUCAAAUGUUGGACGAUGUGCACGCACAACUUCCUGCUCCUGGCUUCGACUUCUUUCUACAUCCAUGUGUUGGCGCAACACGCACCGGUAGGCCAACGAAUCUCUGUCUACUUCAAGAUCAUCUCUUUGCUGAUAUCGAUGGGCAUCUUCUUCUUUAUCGAGCUGCCCAUCAAGUGCUGCAUGCACAAGACUGGCAAGGAGAUCGACAAGAAGAAGGAGAAGAUCAAGCAAAAGUUCUCAAAGAAGGAUCCAGAGACCGCUGGAGGUGAUGCUGUCGAGAUGACCACCGAGGCUUAA